UGCAGGGAUCAAAGCUGGAGAUACCUCUGUGGCUUGCUAAAGGUCUACAUGACAGCAAACGGAAAAUCAUUUCUGUAGAACUGCCAAAGAUUUACAAGGAAGCCUGGAGGACAGUGUUCAGUGCUGAUGCCAAUGUGGUUGAUCUGCAUAAAAUGGGGCCAUACUACUACGGAUUUGGCUCCCAGCUCCUGAAUUUUGACAAUCCAGAGAAUCCUGAGAUAGCUCAGACUAUCCUGCAGACAUUUAUUAGCCGUUUUCGUCGUAUCAUGGACUCCUCUCAGAAUGCCUACAACGAAGAUACGUCAGUGCUGGUGGCUCGGCUGGAUGAAUUGGAGCGAGCCUUAUUUCGAGCUGGCCAGAAAGGGCUGAACGACUUCCAGUGCUGGGAAAAGGGACAGGCUUCUCAAAUCACAGCUUCCAGUCUGGUCCAGAAUUAUGGGAAAAGAAAAUUCGCAGAUGUGGAUGGUUAAAAGCCGUAAGAACAUGCAGCUACAGUGGGGGACACUGAGACAUUUACA